CCCUCAGUACCACCAGCAACCUUUUGUGAAAGUGAGCGAAACACCCCUUUUCGGCGCCAGUGUCAGAGGUGUCACCUGCGUCAGGCUUUUACAAGAGAACCAAUUAUAAUAAUAUAGUAAUAUAGUAUUUUGAAAUAACGCCUGAAUCUCAGCAUAAAUAUUAAAAGUAUAUACUGAAAGACCAUAAUUUCGAAGCUUCGGAACGUUUUCUUCAUUAUUAUUAUUUCUGUUUGCAUCGAAUUCAAAUAUUUGAAAAAAAAAAAAAAAAAUGAAACACAUUUUCUGAAAUUUUCGUUUUGGAGGGAAAACAGGUGGUUGGGUGGUGAUCGUCCGGCCAGUCGCGUCGUUAAGGUCGCAAAUCCUGAUUGGACGUAGGCUAUCAUCGACCUUAUAAGCAUCAUGGGCGGCCUAUGGUGGAUGACAGUGUUGGCGGUCGUGGGCGUGAUGGUGCCGCCCGCGAUGCCUUGCUCUUGCUUCAGUCGCCACCCACAGCAACACGUCUGCGAGGCGGAUUUCGUGGUGAUGGCUCGAGUAAGGAGGGUCACAGAAACACUAGACGGUCUCACGGCAUAUAAAGUGCGAAUCAAGAGGUUGCUGAAGGCAUCGGAAAAGGUACAGCUGAUUCUGCAGAAGGGCCUCAUCUACACGAUUCCCGGGACAUGUGAAUCGGAGCUGGAAUCCCGCACCACCUACGUGAUAACCGGCAACGUGGAGGCCAGCAAGCCGUGGACGAACAUCUGCCACUUCGUACAGCCUUGGAAGUCCCUCUCGCCCAAGAUGAAGAAGGGGUUCAGACUCUUGUAUCAAAGCGGGUGCGGUUGUUCGUUCAUGUCCUGUCACUUUUGGCCGUCGUGUCCCAAAGGCAGUUUCUUCUGUGCAUGGGAAACGUCAGAUGAGGUCGACGACUGCCAAGGACGGCAUGCUGUGUGCCUGCCUGGCCCCGACGGCACCUGUGGCUGGCUCGGAGGACGGCUGUAUCGCACGUGCAUGAAGGCCCGCGGCAACAGAUCCGACGGCGCCAACAGCACGGUCAUCUACAACAACAACAGCGACCAGGGAAACAACGACCACGACAACAGGAUCAACGCCGAGAACGACAGCCUCCCCCCUCGUCGCGGCAGACUGUCGAGAUUCGGCUACAAGAGGGCUGGAGGACGAGCAGCAGCAGUGGGUGCCGGAGGGGCAGGAGGAGGACCUGCCUUCCGACGUCGGAGGCCCCUGAGGCGGCGUCCCCAGAGGCCCCACCAGGCCAUCGCAAGAAUUGGCUACGGAAUGAAACAUGCUUGAAGCGUCCUUCUCCCUCUUAGAAACUGCUUUCUCGCCUUCUAGGUAGAUAGAUCUGAUGUGCUUAUUUAAACAAAAACAAAAAUAAUAAUGUGAAUGACUCGAAAGCUGUUUUGCUUAUGUUAAUGUUCAAAACAGCACAUAUCUUAGACAGUUAAUACUCUUGAAUCAGCCAUAUCAAGAAGUUAACAUGCAAUGCCAACAAAGGUAAUAUCAAAGCUUACUAAAUGAUAAUACUGCAUGACACUCUUCAUAUUGUAAAUGUUACUUUUGAGAUGACUUCACAGUGUAUCUGAAAUAAAAUUUAUAUUUUGGUAUUAGCUUUUUAUGUUUAUGGUGAAGGUAUAUGAUUAUAUAUAGCUGGAAUGAAUCUAGUCUGUUGAUAAUGUAAGUAGACUACAUCAAAGGUAGGAAGUAGCUGACCUUGGUGCAUUUUUAUUGCAUUUAAAUGUUGUUACUGAUCUGUCUACAUAAUAAAUAUUAAUAUGGGAAUGUUUAGGAUAUUGUACAAUAAGUUUGUAGUUGAUGUAAAUUAUAGGAAGAGGCACAGGCUGCAGUUGUUGUUUUUAAUCGUAAUGGUCAAGUGCAUUGACCUUCAAAACAUUUCUGUUGAGUUUAUUGCACAGAGCAAAGGCAAUAAAAAGAAAUUGGCAAAAUAUGUAAUGAAGUAAUAUGUGUGGGAUAUUAUACUUUGGCCUUUUUAAUUUUUAGGAUUAAAAUAGUCAUACUAUAUAUAUCGGUGCAUUCAAUAUUUAACUGUAUUUUCUCACUUUAAACAGCAUUGAUAAGUGUAUAUAUUGUUAUAAUUUAGGGAAAGGCAAUAAAUUACUUACACUUCUAUAAUUUCCUGCAGCAUAGAAAGUUUUGUCAGAUUGUGAAAAUUUAGUAAAUAUAAUUCUAACCUACAAUAGCCAAUGUUUGUUGUAAAGUUGUUGUAAGUUGUGCCCACAAUAUUACCAUGUAAUAUAGCAUAUACCUUGGAGGUUAAUGAUAUGAAGUUGGAGACAAAUAUAUGUUCAAUCUGGAUAUUUUUUUGUGCAAACAACCAAUUGAUCUAAAAAUAAUUAAAUUGUUACUUGAAUUAAGAAUCAUUAAUGCAUAAGAAUUACCUGACUGUCAAUUUUUUUUUUCCAACCAUUUCACAAGUGUUAUAUUUAACUUUUUUUUUCUUCUUCUUUUUUCAUUAUUAUUAUUAUUAACACUCCCCUAAACUGUGAUGCUAUAAUCAGAAGGAUUGGAAAUGUGGCUUUGUGUUCACUAUAUAUCAUACAGUAGUUUUGUGUUUACUAUUUAAUAAUGUUUAUGUCUGCAUACACUCUGUGAUAUCAUAUUAUCUUACUUUGUUUCGUAUAUGAUAUCAUAUAAGGCUUUGCGUUCAGUAUGUGGUAUCACUUGUGUAUGCAUCACAUUACUAUAUCUUGCAUAUGAAAAUUAAUAUAGAUUUAUGUUCAAUACAUAUUAUAUGUGUUCUAUUUGAUUGAUGUAUGAUGAUUUUGUGUUCACUGUAAGACAUAUAUUGCUUAUGUUCACAACAGGAUAUUAUCAGUCUCUUUAUGUUUACUUUAUGGUGUCACUUAUACAAAUUGUAUGAUCACAUCAGCAAAAGGGGAGCUUGUAAUAUCCGUUCAUCUCUUCUAGUUCAAAUUUCUACUUUGAAGUUAAAUAAGAUUUGUGUAAAAGAAUUUUAGAAAGUUAUUUCCUCUUCCUCCCCAACAAGACAAAAUAAUAAAUCAUGUCUCUCAGGUUGUAUUUUUUUUUUUCUAAUAGACAGGUAAUUCUAAAACUUUAUGAUUUUACUUCAGGUUAUGACUAAAAGUGUGAAAAUGAACAAAGUUCCCUUGCCUGACUUAUAGAAUAAUAUUUAUUGUCUAAUGUUCCUUUGAUGUAAUGGGAUCAUACAUAACAAUAUCAUAAAAUUGCUCUAAACUGGAUUUAAUAUAAUUCUUUUGAUAUGUAUGAAUUAAUGAUUAGAGUAUUUUAUAACCCCCAUUACAGGUGUCAAUAAGAUUUCACAUUUUUACAUUAUUUCAUGCUUAUUAACCAAAGAUUCUUUUGGUUCAGAAAUUGUCUUCAAUCUUAUAUUUAUGAGUGAAUGAAAAGGGGUAAUAAGGCUUUUUUAUAUGUAGUUUAAUUAUCUUGAUGUGUUUUAUUAUUAUGAGGCAGAUCCAUAGAAGCCAAAAAAAAUAGAGCAUUUAGAAUACCUGAUUUAAGAUGUAAAUUGCAAGUUCCUAUCUUUUAUUGUCCAAGUUAUUAGUUUGUGUAAGGGUUGUUGAAAUAUAUUUUGUAUGAAACCUUGUAAGCAAAACAGAAGUAUAACAUAACCAGCAUCAAUAUACACUUGAAAAUAAAAUUGUUUAUAUACUGAGUAAUGAAUAUUAGCCUUGUUCAUUCUAUCCUAAACAUCCAUAUAUUGUACUUACAGGGGAUAUUACAAGUGGUUAGUGUGAUUCAUGUACAUUUUAGUUAUUUUUUGUAUCCAGGCACUUGCUCUGAAGACAAUUCUAAUCCUGAAAUGAAGUCGCAUUAUGGUUUAUUUCAGUAGUAAUAGCAUUGAAAUUUCCUGAAUUCAGAAUGACUUCUUUGGUCUGUGUCCAUUUCAGUGUGUAUGAAAUAGUUAUAGAUUUAUUUUUCAUUUGUAUCUGGGUUUUAUGUGGGUCUGCCUCUUGCUUAUAAAAGGUUUAUAAUGUGUACAAAUUAUGAAAAGGCUUCAGUAUACCUGUUUGAAUUAUGGUGCUGAAAACUGGUCAAAGUGUAUGUAAUGAAUAUGUUAUAUUUUCAAACCAGAAUUUUUAUGCAUAUUCUUUCAGAAACUAUAAUGCUAAAGAUCAUAUUUAAAAAGACAAGAAUCAUGCAAUGUCAAAUCUUAAAAGAAAACUUUUUAUAUAUACAUGAUUUUUUAUGACAAAUAUCUUCAGUUAAUGAGUCAAACUGAAAUGCCCAAUAUUAUUAAGAAUUAAUUCUUAAUAGUUUUAGCUUGAAUCAAUUGUCAAAUAAAAAUAUAUGAAUUUUUAACAUACCUUUUUUCUUCAAUUUUGUUACUCUGCAUUUUCAAAUCUGGUGCAGUAAGUUUUGUGGUUAAAAUAUUGUUGAUUCUAAACUUUGGAAUUGUUUAUUUAUUUAGAUAAAUGUGAGAAAAAUAAUUGUUGUAAUGCUGUUCAUCACAAAAUAAAGGUAUCUGACCUCU